AUGGCAAAGAAAGGCGGCGCUGGUGGUGGGGAUGGUGGGGGCUCGAAGAAGGCGCAGGGACAGGCGCGCAAGGCCGAAGCCGCUGCAUCAAAGCAGGCAGUGAAGAGCAAACAAGCUGAAGAAGCCGAGGCAAAGGAAUGGGACAAGGGCGCAAAGUCGAAUGCGAAAGCGGAAGCUGCCGCUGAAAAGGCAGCCGAAGCAGCGCGCAAGAAAGCCGAGAAGGAAGCUCUCCUCCGCGAAGAGGAGGCUUCUCUGCCAUCCAAGCCCAAAGGAAAAGCGCCCAAGGCCGAGAAGAAGUCCCGCGGCAUCGACGGCGCUCUUGGAUCUUUCGACACGAAGCCCAGUGCCCUCAACGCUUCCGGUAUCGACAACGCGCUCGACGCUCUCGAUCUCACAGCCGAACAAAAGGACAAGCUCGACCGCCACCCCGAAAGGAGAUUCAAAGCUGCAUACGCACAAUACGAAGAACGGAGACUCGAGGAGAUGAAAGACGAGAAGGGUCUGAGGCGAAACCAGAAGAUCGACCAAAUACGAAAGGAGUUCGAGAAGCACCCGGAGAACCCGUUCAACCAGGUCUCGGCAGCGUACAACGCGUCCAAGGACGAGCUCAAGUCGAUCCAGGAGGCCGAGAAGGACAAGAAGGAGAAGCGACUUGGUGGUGCGAGCUGAGCGGGGGGAGAAGAGGCUGCACGUACCCACACACAUGGCCGUUUCGCGGCUGCAUCUGGAUAGACUGAUGGUUAGAUGGUCUGAUUAGAAUGAGGAUUGAAUGGUCCCAGCGAGAGUUCUCGAAUAAGGUUGAAUGUGGCUGUUUCAGACAAUAG